GGAGCUCGCGGGCCGGUUGCUACGGGGGCUGGGGCGGAGCGAGCGCGCUGUGCGCGGCCGUCGGUGCCGUCGCUGAGGCGGGCUCGGUGCCGCGGCUGGGGCGGCCCCGCUCCCUCUCCCUCUCCCCGGGGCUCCCCGCGCCCUCGCCAUGAGGCCCGGCCCCGCGGCUCGCCCGGCUCGGGCGCCGCUGGCCGUGGCGUUCUGCGCUGCCCUGCUGAUGCUGCCGCCCGGCCUGUGCGCCGGGGAGCGGCGGCGCUUGGCGUGCUCCACCUGCCGGGGUAUCGUGGACAGGUUCAACCAGGGAUUAGCAGAUACAGCUAAAAAGAACUUUGGUGGUGGAAACACUGCUUGGGAAGAGAAGACGCUGUCAAAGUAUGAGUCCAGUGAAAUCCGUCUUGUAGAGAUCAUAGAGAAUCUGUGCGACAGUAGUAACUUUGAAUGUAACAACAUGGUAGAAGAGCAUGAAGAACAUAUAGAGAAAUGGUGGUUCAAACUAAAGAAGAAGUAUCCUGAUUUGUUUAAGUGGUUUUGUAUAGAAACAAUAGAAGUUUGCUGCCCUGCUGGAACAUAUGGACCAGAUUGCCUUGCUUGUCGUGGUGGAUCGGAAAGACCUUGCCAUGGGAAUGGACACUGUGAUGGUGAUGGUACCCGAGGUGGAGAUGGCUCAUGUAGCUGUAACAAGGAAUAUACAGGAGCUUUUUGUUUGGACUGUUCUGAUGGUUACUACAGUACCUUGAGGAAUGAGACACAUUCUAUUUGUACAGCCUGCCACGCUGCCUGUAAAACUUGUACUGGUUCAAGUAACAAGGACUGCCAAGACUGUAAAGAAGGCUGGAUUAAAAACAAAGAAGCAGCUUGUGUGGAUUUAGAUGAGUGUGCUGCUUCUCCUUGCAAAGAUCACCAAUAUUGUUUGAACACAGAUGGAUCUUUCUCAUGCAAAGCAUGUGAUGCCAGCUGCAUAGGUUGCACAGGAGAAGGUUCUGACAAGUGUAAGACCUGCGCAUCUGGGUACACAAAGGAAGAUGAAAGGUGUACAGAUAUAGAUGAAUGUAACCUUCCUGAAAAGGCCUGCAUGAAAGAGAAUCAAGAUUGUGUUAAUACUUCAGGUAGUUACAAGUGUGUAUGUUCAGAAGGGUUUGAAGAUAAACAGGGAACAUGUCUUCAAACUGUAAAACCAGGAGAUGAAGUAGAAAGUGAAACAACUGGGUCUUCACCUAUUGGACAUGAUGACUUAUGAUCUGCAUUCAGAACCAAAAGACAUUCCUAUCUAGAGUUUUAAAUUAUUGGACUUAAGCCUCUGCUAGCUGACAUACUGUGGAAAAGGUAUUAAAUAUGCAGGUUGCCAUUAAGAUUUUUUUUUUUUUAAUGGUGAUAAAUUUCUCUUUGUUCUUAUUUCUUUAUUCUUAAAUGCCACUUUUUAUAUAAUUCUUCAAGAGCAACACUCUAGGUGGGUUAGUAUAAAAUUUAAAUUAACAUUGUACCCAGUCAUUAUAAAUGACUUGCAGGCUUCUCAUUCUAGUGCCUCCUGAAAACUGUCGUUUGGAGGAACUUAGUUGCACUUUGUAAUUCAAGAAAAAUUUAGACUGAAGUUUGGUGUUUCUUGAGAAAUACUUCUAUGACUGAAAUACAGCUUUUAGAAAUUGUCAAAGGGAAUCUCUUUGUGAGGGGGAAGCACUGUUCCCACAGAUUAGAAUGCCUAAUACUGCAUUCAAUAAAAGUUUAUUUUGUUGGAAUGUGCCUUAAAAAUUUUUCAGAUGUGAA